AUACGAUUGUAUAAUAAGUUUUAUUUUACCGGGGAAAAAAUUCGAAUCAGUAAUAUUUACCAUGGCGUGGGAUUUAAAAAAUGAGGAGGAGGUAAAGCAAUACCUGGAAAACUUAGGAACAGAAUAUAGGUUCGGAUGCUUGAGCGAGAAAAAACCGGAAGUGUGCCAUCUCCUGGGAGAUUUCAUGGAAAGUAUUAAAAAGGAUUUCAACAAAGCUGCUUCUUUAUACAGAUCUACAUGUGACGAUUACCAUUUUGGCCGGAGCUGCCACAAAUUUGCUACCUAUUCACUGACUGGUAAAGGAUGUCAAGCCGAUCAACCAAAAGCUUUUGAAUAUUUCAAAAAAGGUUGCAGCCUGGGAGAAGCAGAUUCCUGCUUAUAUGCUGGCCUUUUGUGCACAUCCAACAAUGAAAAGCAUCAAGUUAAACUAGAUUACCCACAAGGAAUGGGAUUCUUGAAUCAAUCAUGUGACAAGGGUAACCACAAUGGAUGCUAUUACCUGAGUGGUAUGUACCUUUCAGGUGUACCAGAUGUUUUAGAGAAGAACAUGACAACAGCAUACAACUACAGUAUGAAGGCCUGUGAAUUAGGAAACAUUUAUGCUUGUGCCAAUGUAAGUCGGAUGUACUCAAAAGGUGAUGGAGUGGCACAAAAUCCUGAAUUAGCCGCCAAAUACAAAAACAAAGUUUUUGAAAUGGAAAAAGAAAUGCGAGGCCAUUUCAAGCCUAUCGAAAUGGAAAGAGGAGCUUAAACGGAAAAGAAACAAAUAGGACCAUGUCAUCGAACUCUGUUUCUAUUUACGCACAACAACGGAAUACAUCAGCCAACUGACAAUUCAAAAGGUAAAGAAAAAGGAACCAAAUAAAGAAAAGACAGCAAAGUGUAAUUGAACACUGUUUUGUGUUGCACGUAUUAGAACUGUAUCUGGUCUCCUUGCCAAUUUAUAUUCUUUCUUUUGGAAUAGAAAUAUUUAAAUGCA